GCUGCUUUUAUAAACUCACAGAGGGUUUCAGGAGCAUUUCCUUACGGUGCCGACGUAGACGGUUAGAAAGUCCACGUAAGCGUAACUUAGCAAGGCGAAAUAUGACCAUGAUGGUGCUGCGCGUGAGUGUGCUGCUGCUGGCCGCGCUCGUGCUGGUGGCAGGAGAGGAGGGAGCCCGGCUGCUGGCCUCCAAAGCCCUGCUGAACCGCUACGCUGUGGAGGGCCGAGACCUGACCCUGCAGUACAACAUCUACAAUGUGGGCUCCAGUGCUGCCCUGGAGGUGGAGCUUUCUGAUGACUCCUUUCCUGCUGAAGACUUUGGAAUCGUCUCAGGAAUGUUGAACGUUAAAUGGGACAGAAUCGCACCAGCGAGCAACGUUUCUCACACGGUGGUGCUGCGUCCCCUGAAGGCCGGCUACUUUAACUUUACCUCCGCCUCUGUCAGGUACAAGCCCCAGGAGGGAGAAGAAGCGGUGGUGGGCUACACCAGCGCCCCCGGCCAGGGUGGCAUCCUGGCUCAGAGGGAGUUCGACCGGCGUUUCUCCCCGCACUAUCUGGACUGGGCUGCAUUCGGUGUGAUGACUCUUCCCUCCAUUGGAAUCCCUCUGCUCCUCUGGUAUUCCAGUAAGAGGAAAUACGACUCACCAAAGGCCAAGAAGAAUUAAAGAGCUGUUGCUGGGAGUGAAGUUCGGGGAGAAACUAAGAGGCUGGAAGCCUCUGCAGUGGUUCCCCCUGUAAUGGGAGUAAAGUGGAAAUGCACAGUGACCAGAGAAAAUGAUUAGAUUAAACGAGCAGCGUAUGUGAGAGGAGUUUUACUUUCUGCAGGAGGAAGUAAAGGUUGAGGAUGGGAAUUAAUGCUGACAAGACCGGACCACUCCUUUUCAAAUUAGCUAAUUGGUUCAUGAAUCAAAACAAUUACAACUAUGGUUGCUGCUGUUCGGCUGUCUGUGCUUGUGUACAUGGUGACCUGAAUUCAGAUGUAAAAUUUACAGCUACCUGACUUUAAUAACAAAUAAAAUACCUUUUUUUAAAAAAACAAA